AGAUUUAAACAAAGAUGAAAGAGCAUGGAGGUUGAACAUAUAUGAAUUUUUCCAGUGUGAUUACGUGGCGGGCACUAAAUCUCAUUUAGGAAUCCAUUCUCGAAAACACAGAAAAGAUACUCGGACUCCAGCCAUGUGUGAUCAAUGCCACCAUAUCGCAUCAAAUGAAGGCAACUUUAAAAACACAUCGAUGACAUACAUGAUACUAGUAUAAUUUAUUCCUGUGAUCAAUGUGAUUAUACAGUAAUCAACUUCUGAAGCUUCACAGGAGGAGACACUUAGGUCCGUAUCUAUGUGAUCAAUGCCCUUAUAUUGGAAAAUUAGACGGAGACUUGAAGUAUCAUAUCAAGGUUAAACAUGAUGGAAUAAGGUAUCACUGUGAUCUAUGUAAACAUUCUGCAUUAACUGCGUCACACGUGAAAAGACACAAAUAGGCUGUACACAUUGGGGUGAAAUAUCCUUGUGAUCUUUGCUCGUUUUCUGCCUCUAAUAAAUCUAAUCUGAAGGAGCACAGAGCAUGCAAGCAUGAUUAUACAAAAUAUGAUAAUAUCCCUGUGAUUUAUGAGAAUAUUGGGCUUCUACAAGAAUAGCACUGAAUAAGCACAUGAAAAUAAAACAUUGUGAAUCAUUUGCUUAAUGAUUAAUUACCUGUUAUUCAUGUGACUUCUUACUUGCAUACUAAUACUAAUUUCUCUAUAUUUUUAGAUUAAAAAUGUCUCUUUUUUCUGAGAGAUUGCAAGCAUCCACUCAUUUGCAGAGUAUAGAAGCUGUCAUUGACGAUAAACGAGUAUUAAAACAUAUAUUGACUGAUAUUCUCAACCUGAGGAACGGGAUGGAAGAUAACCUACUCCUAAUCCAGCAAAUCAACCAGAAGAUACAGAAGGAAGGAGAGGAGCUGAGUGGGUUUAAUGAUGUAAUCCAUGCUGCUCAGCAACAUAUUGACUCCAUUGAACAAAUAUAUACACUGGGAGUAUCCUGGCUCAAGGGUGAAACUGAAUUGGCGUUUAUAUUGUUACAAGAUGAGGAUUAUGAAACGAAAAGGGAUUGUGAAAUAAAAAUAGAAAUGGAGGAUAUUGAAAAUACUUUUUACGGAGAAUCAAUAGAACAUGUUAAAAACGAAGAACCUUCUAAUUUCUGUCCAUCAGUUGGCGUAGAGUCUACCCAUACCCCGGAACCUGUCUGCGUAGAACCUACUGAUGUACUGGAUAUUGUGUGUGAAGAGUCCAAGGAGACCAAAGUUCCCGAGAUAAAGGAGGAAAUUGAUGCAACAAAAAAGAACCAAGAGAGAAUCUACAAAGAGGAAGAAACUGAAAGAAAACAUCAAAUCAGAAAAGCCAGAACGGUGAAAAGUAAUCUAUUAAGAUUUUCUUGUACUUUAUGUGAAUAUAAAUCAGCAAGAAAAGAUAAUUUAAAUCAGCACAUUUUAGUAAAGCAUGAAAAUGUCGGAUACAAAUGUGACCAAUGUGAUCGAACCUUCACCCAAAUGCCAAGUUUAAAAAGGCAUACAAUAGAAAUUCACAGUAAGCAGAAGCUAGAAUGUAAUAAAUGUGAAUUCUCUACUCCAAGGUUAGAAGUUUUAAAGCUACAUGAAGACAGUGUUCACAGAGGCAUUAGAUACCCCUGUGAUGUGUGUGAAUACGUCGGGGUUGGUAGCUUACACUUGAAAAGGCACAUGGUGUUACAGCACAAUGAGACUGGAAUUACUGACGAAAGAAAUGUUUUUCCGUGUAGUGAGUGUGAUUAUGUCGCUGGAUCUACGUCUUAUCUAAGAAUUCAUAUUAAGAAGCAUAAAGAAACAUCUUCCAUGUGUGAUCAGUGUGACCAUAUAGCAUCUAAUGAAGGAAACUUAAAGAUACACAUUGACAAUAUUCAUAAUAAAAGUGUCAUUUACUCUUGUGAUCAGUGUGAAUAUAAAGGAUAUAGUAAACCUGCAUUAUAUCUGCACAGAAAACGACAUUCUGAACAUCAUCUUUGUGAUCAAUGCCCCUAUGUGGGAAAAUUAAAAGCCAAUCUCAAAAACCACAUAAGAGUAGUACACGAAGGAUUAAGAUUUCCUUGCGACUUAUGCAAUCAUAUGGCAAUAAGUCGGGGUCAUCUAAAAACACACAAAGAGGCUGUUCAUAUCGGGAAAAAGUAUCCAUGUGAUCUGUGCACUUUCUCUGCCUCAAAUAAAACCAACUUAAAAGAGCAUAAAGCUUGUAAACACGAUGAUACUAAGCAUCCAUGUGACCAUUGUGAUCAUUUAGCGUCUACACAAUACGCAUUAAGGAAGCACAUCAAAUCAAAACAUUAAAUUUUUUUGUGAAUUGAAGUAUUUAUUAUUAUGAUGAUUUAUAUUUUUAUACAUUUACAAAAUUUAAUAUCUAUCUAUCUAUCUAUUAUGACAUCCCAAUAACACGAAUGUUACCAGGAAACCACCCUUCCCUGAAACCCUCUGCCUCCCUGAGGAGUACGUGGGUCAACCUAUUUAUGUUACUUGGUUUUGUAAACACUGAACGUUAAAACUAUUUAUGUCUUAACAAACAAGUAAUUUAAUUAAGAAUAUUUCAGA